CAUUGAGAGCAGGCAUCCUCGGGUGGAAACCAAACACCAGGAGCACACCCGCUCAGGGCAGAGCCCUUCUCUCCCGCAGCAGCCUCUAGGAAUGUUGCUCUCCUGAGGUUAAAGGGAUAUUUUCUUUUUUAUGUGUUUCUUUUCAGGGCUCUUGAACGUGGUCAAAAAUAUGCAGGCAGAAAUGAAACUUGGCACAGAGUCUUCUAAGCCUGAAGGAAUAAUUUCAUUCCUUUACCGUUUUUGACUUAAAUCAACUUGCAAAUUUUCUAAACAUCAGAAAGGAGAGGGAAGAAAAAUACUUAUUGGUGUAUUUUUGCAUAUUUUUUAUGACACACAUAUUUUGUGUUGGAUUUUACUAGCAACUAGAUAACAGACUGGACUGCUAUGCCUUUGAGAACUAUAGUUGCACAGUUGGACUUUAAAAUUAAAUAGUUAUUACAUUUGCUUAAAUGUAUACAUGGAAGCAUGUAAUUAUUGAUAUCCAUGUGCAACAGACCAUGUGAAACCAAGUUAAGGAUUUUAGUAUUUGAGUUGAUUACUCUGAUUAAUGAAUUCUUUUUAAAAUAUGUAUUUUUUAAUUGAUUUGAGAGAGAGAGGAAGGGAGAGGGAGAGAGAAACAUUGAUGUGAGAGAGAAAUAUCAAUUGACUGCCUUCUGUAUGCAUCCCGACUGGGGGCUGAACUCACAACCUGGGUAUAUGUCGUGACUGGGAAUUGAACCAGAGGCCUUUUGGUGCAUGGGUCAAUACUCAACCAGCAGUGCCACAUUGGUCAGGGAUUGAUUAAUGAAUUUUUUUAAUUCUUAAUUUCCUUUUGACAGAUUAAGAUAAAGAAUCUUAAAUAACAGCUGCCCUAGAUGAUAACACUACCUCCAGAUUUAUUGAUCUGAUCCAAGGUAUCUUGUGACUGCUGAUUGGAAUUAAGAUUCUUCAGUUUGUUGUCUCUAACCGAGGAAACAUUGAUUGGGAACCACUCAUUCAGAAAAUUAAAAGAAGGAAGCCAGAACCUAUUAUUAACCCUUUGAGAACACAACAUAACAAACCUUACCAUAUUACUCUUCCUUGAAUAGGAGAGGCGACAGGGCGCUGAAGGAUGGCAGAUGAUCGGAAAGACGAGGCCAAGGCACCGCACUGGACCUCAGCCCCGCUGACGGAGGCCCCGGCGCAUCCGCACCCGCACCCGCACCCGCCUGAGAUGAAGGACCAGGGCGGGGCCGGCGAGGGCCUGGCCAGAAGCGCCAAUGGGCUCCCCUACCGGGAGGGGGGCCCCUUCGGAGAGCACGGGCCCCCGGGCGCCUACCCGGACACCAGGGAGAACGGCAUCAACGGGGAGCUGGCCGCUGACCGGGAAACUGCAGAAGAGGUAUCUGCAAGGAUAGUUCAAGUAGUCACGGCUGAGGCUGUAGCGGUCCUGAAAGGCGAACAGGAGAAGGAAGCUCAGCAUAAAGAUCCGCCUGCAGCUCUGCCUUUAGCAGCUGAAGAGACAGCUAAUCUGCCUCCUUCUCCACCCCCAUCACCAGCCUCAGAAAAGACUGUCGCCGUGGAGGAAGGUUUACUUACAGCCUCGAAGAUGGAGUUCCAUGACCAACAGGAAUUGACUGCCGCUUUAGCUGAGCCAUUAGACAAGGAGGAAAGGGAGCCAGAGAAACAAAGUAAGCCUGGUGAAGACUUUAAACACGCUGCAUUAGUUUCUCAGCCUGAGACAACUAAAACUUCCCUGGAUAAAAAGGACAGACAAGGCACAGAAGAAGGAAGAGCGCCUCUCACUCUGUUUGGGCACCCUCUUGGUGCUGGCCUAGAAGACUCGAAACAGAAGACAGAACCAAGCCUAGUGGUACCUGGUAUUGGCCUCCCUGCAGAAACCCCAGGUCCAAAAGAACAAAAGGACUGGUUCAUCGAAAUGCCAGUGGAAGCAAAGGAUGAGUGGGGUUUAGUUGCUCCAGUAUCUCCUGGCCCCCUAACACCCAUGAGGAAAAAAGAUGUAUUUGAGGAUAUCCCAAAAUGGGAAGGGAAACAGUUUGAUUCUCCCAUGCCGAGUCCUUUUCAUGGUGGAAGCUUCACUCUCCCUUCAGAUGUCAUGAAGAAUGAAAUAAUUGCAGAAGCAUCACCUUUUGCCCCUGCCCUAUUACAGCCAGAUGACAAAAAAUCUCUGGAAGAAACCAGUGGCCUGGUAGCAGCCAAAGACAUUUCUAAAGUUGAAGAGCCCCAUAAGGAUAAAUCUCACAAAAUGGCAGAAGUACCAGCUUCGGAGGCAGUUACCUCACCCAAAGAUGCCCACAUUCAGAUUGUAGAAGAAUGUGUCCCAGAGAGAGUUUUAGGAGAAGAAAAAGGAGCAAUAAAGCAAGAAAGUGUGCAGAAAAAAGAGAUGUCCACCCUUAGUGGGCAGGAAUCUUCAGUUACUGAAAGGGAACCUCAGCUAAAGCUUGAAGAGAGCGAAGCCCCCAAAUUGACAGAUAAAGAAACAGGUAUAAUUCAGCCCUUUGCAGAGCACACUUUCUCAAAAGAAAACCAGAAAGGCCAAGAACCUACAUUAAAACAGGAGUCAUUCCCUGUUACAAGUUCGCCUUUGACCUCUAAAACACUGGAGAAAGUCACGAAAGAACCAGCUGCGCUAAGUGAAAAGAAUGCUAUCGAGGACCUAUUUGAAGAAAAAAUUGCUGACAGAGAUAAUAAGGUUGAGGGAGUUGGGGCUGCAACAUUAGCUGAGCUUGACAUGCCGUUUUAUGAAGAUAAGUCAGGAAUGUCCAAGUACUUUGAAACAUCUGCCUUGAAAGAAGAAGUGACCAAAAGCUUCCAGCCAGGCAGCGAUUACUAUGAACUGAGUGACACAAGAGAAAGUGCCCAAGAGUCUUUUGAUACUGUAUCUCCCAUGCAUAAACAUGGCGACAAGGGACUUCAGGCAGGUAAAGAAUCUCAGCCUGGUGCUCCAGCACAAGAAGCAGGGUACAGCACUCUUGCAAAGAGUUAUCCACCUGAUUUACCUGAAGAACCCAGUUCUCCUCAAGAAAGAAUGUUCACGAUUGAUCCAAAAGUGUAUGGGGAGAAAAGGGAUCUCCACAGUAAGAAUAAGGACGAUUUGACACUAAGCAGGAGUUUAGGACUUGGUGGCAGGUCUGCCAUAGAACAAAGAAGCAUGUCAAUCAACUUGCCCAUGUCUUGCCUGGAUUCCAUAGCCCUUGGAUUUAACUUUGGUCGGGGGCAUGAUCUUUCUCCUCUGGCUUCUGAUAUUCUAACCAACACCAGUGGAAGUAUGGACGAAGGGGAUGAUUACCUUCCAGCCACUACCCCUGCAGUGGAGAAAGCCCCUUGCUUCCCAAUAGAAAGCAAAGAGGAAGAAGAACAGAUAGAGGGAGAAAAAGCUACCAGAGAGGGAAAUACUCAAGUUGAGACUGUGUGUGAAUCGCCAUUCCUAGCCAAAGAUUAUUACAAAAAUGGUACUGUCAUGGCCCCUGACCUGCCUGAAAUGCUAGAUCUGGCAGGCACAAGAUCAAGACUAGCUUCUGUGGGUGCAGACGCUGAGGUUGGCAGGAGGAAAUCAGUCCCAUCAGAGACUGUCAUUGAGGAGAGUAGUACUGGCUUGGCCCCUGUCACUGAUGAAAACCAUGUCAUUGUUAAAACGGACAGUCAGCUUGAAGACCUGGGCUACUGUGUGUUCAAUAAAUACACGGUCCCACUCCCAUCACCUGUUCAAGACAGUGAGAAUUUAUCAGGAGAGAGUGGUUCUUUUUACGAAGGCACUGAUGAUAAAGCACGAAGAGAUUUGGCCACAGACCUUUCACUGGUUGAAGUAAAAUUGGCAGCUGCCGGAAGAGUCAAAGAUGAGUUCAGUGCUGAGAAAGAAGCAUCCCCCCAACCAGGGCUGGGUAGGGAGUUUGAUCAGGAGAGGAAAGCUAAUGAUAAGCUGGAUACUGUACUAGAAAAGAGUGAGGAACAUACUGAUUCAAAAGAACAUGCCAGGGAAACAGAAAAGGCUGGUGACAAAGUUGAAACCUUUGGAUUAGGGGUAACCUACGAGCAUGCUUUGGCCAAAGAACUGAUGGUAUCAAAAGAUGCAUCCCCUGUCAUGGCUGAGAAAGCAGAGAAAGGUCUCAGUUCAGUGCCAGAGGUAGCUGAAGUAGAACAAGCCAAAGGAGCUGAAUCAGAACUGGAUUUUGCUGCAAAGAAAGCUGAGCAGGGUCACUUAGAUGUUAAAAUCAGUGAGUUUGGACAGAUGGCCUCGGGGCUAAAAGUAGAUGCUGGAAAAUCAACAGAGCCUAAAUUCGAGGCUACCCAGGACCUCACUGUCUUAUCCCCGACCCCUCAGGAGGCAGAUGUGUUUAUGGGUGUUGACUUGGGCCACAUGAAAGAAGGCACCAGAGUCAGUGAGACAGAAGUCAAGGAGAAAGUAGCCAAGCCUGACUUGGUACACCAGGAGGCCGUAGACAAAGAGGAGUCCUACGAGUCCAGUGGUGAGCACGAGAGCCUGACCAUGGAGUCCCUGAAGCCUGACGAGGGCAAGAAGGAAACGUCCCCAGAAUCUUCUCUAAUUCAAGAAGAUGAGAUUGCCAUCAAAUUGUCAGUGGAAAUACCUUGUGCACCUGCUGUUUCAGAGGCUGAGACAGAUGAGAGAGUGGAUGCCCAGCUGGAAUUCAUUCAGCCGCCCAAAGGAGAAAGCAAAGACACCCCAGAUAUCUCCAUCACGCCCUCUGACAGUACAGAGCCAUUGUUUGAGGCCGUCGGGGCUGAGCCAGCAGAAGCUCAGAUUGAGGAGGAAGAGAUAGAAGCCCGGGGAGAGUACGAUAAACUGCUUUUCCGCUCAGACACCCUUCAGAUUGCUGACCUGGGCGUCCCGGGUGUCAGGGAGGAGUUUUUGGAGACCUGCCCGGGUGAACACAAAGGCGUGAUUGAGUCUGUUGUGACCAUUGAGGACGACUUCAUCACUGUCGUGCAAACCACCACUGAUGAAGGGGAGUCGGGCUCCCACAGCGUGCGUUUUGCGGCCCUCGAGCAGCCAGAGGUGGAGAGGAGACCGUCCCCUCGGGCCGAGGAGGAGACUGAAGGCGAAGAGGCGGCCGAAGCCCAGGCGGAACCCAGGGACGGCUCCCCCGAGGCCCCGGCCUCCCCCGAGAGAGACGUGGCUGCUCUCUCUGAGUACAAGACCGAGACCUACGACGAUUACAAGGACGAGACCACCAUCGACGACUCCAUCAUGGAUGCCGACAGCCUCUGGGUGGACACUCAAGAUGAUGAUAGGAGCAUCGUGACAGAACAGUUAGAAACUGUCCCUAAAGAGGAGAAAGCCGAGAAGGAAGCUCGGAGAUCAUCUCUCGAGAAACAUAGAAAAGAAAAGCCUUUUAAAACCGGGAGAGGCAGAAUUUCCACUCCUGAAAGGAAAAUAGCUAAAAAGGAGCCUAGCACAGUCUCCAGAGAUGAAGUGAGAAGGAAAAAAGCAGUUUAUAAGAAGGCUGAACUUGCUAAAAAAACAGAAGUUCAGGCCCACUCUCCCUCCAGGAAAUUCAUUUUAAAACCUGCUAUCAAAUAUACUAGACCAACUCAUCUCUCCUGUGUUAAGCGGAAAACGACAGCAGCAGGCGGAGAGUCAUAUCAGGUUCCCAGUGUAUUUAAGCAGACGAAGGACAAAGUCGCUAAUUCUACCUUGUCAAAGAUUCCUGCCUUUCAGGGUAACACAAAGUACCCAAGAUGCAGCUCAGCCUGCCCUAGUCCGACUAAAAGGACUACAUUUUCUGACAGUUUUUUAAUACAGCCCACGUCAGCGGGCCCCACAGACCGUUUGCCAUACUCAGAGUCAGGGAACAAGCAGGAUGGAGUGAGCAAGAGCCCAGAAAAGCGCUCCUCCCUGCCCAGGCCCUCCACCAUCCUGCCGCCGCGGAGGGCCGGCUCCGGGGACCGGGGCGACCGAGACGACAGUUCCUUCUCCCUCAACAGCUCCUUCUCGUCGGCGCGGCGGACCACUAGGUCAGAGCCAAUUCGCAGAGCAGGAAAAAGUGGCACUUCAACCCCCACUACCCCUGGAUCAACUGCCAUCACUCCUGGCACCCCACCAAGCUACUCUUCACGCACCCCAGGCACUCCUGGGACCCCUAGCUAUCCCAGGACCCCUCACACUCCAGGAACCCCCAAAUCUGCCAUCUUGGUGCCCAGUGAGAAGAAAGUCGCCAUCAUACGUACUCCUCCAAAAUCGCCCGCUACUCCUAAGCAGCUUCGACUUAUUAACCAACCACUGCCAGAUCUGAAGAAUGUCAAAUCCAAAAUCGGGUCAACAGACAACAUCAAAUACCAGCCGAAAGGGGGGCAGGUUAGGAUUUUAAACAAGAAGAUCGAUUUUAGCAAGGUUCAGUCCAGAUGUGGUUCCAAGGAUAACAUCAAACAUUCUGCUGGGGGCGGAAAUGUACAGAUUGUUACUAAGAAGAUAGACCUAAGCCAUGUGACGUCCAAAUGUGGCUCUCUGAAGAACAUCCGCCACAGGCCAGGUGGUGGGCGUGUGAAAAUUGAGAGUGUAAAACUGGAUUUCAAAGAAAAGGCCCAAGCCAAAGUCGGUUCGCUUGACAAUGCUCACCAUGUACCCGGAGGCGGUAAUGUCAAGAUUGACAGCCAAAAGUUGAACUUCAGAGAGCAUGCUAAGGCCCGUGUGGACCACGGGGCUGAGAUCAUCACCCAGUCCCCAGGCAGAUCCAGCGUGGCAUCCCCCCGGCGGCUUAGCAACGUCUCCUCUUCUGGAAGCAUCAACCUGCUUGAAUCCCCUCAGCUUGCCACUUUGGCUGAGGAUGUCACUGCUGCACUCGCUAAGCAGGGCUUGUGAAUAUUUCUCAUUUAGCAUUGGAGUAAUAAUAUUUAGGCAUGAGCUCUUGGCAGGAGUGGGCUCUGAGCAGGUUAUGUUUAUUCUUUACAAACCAUAAAAUAAAUAAUCUCAUUCCCAAACUCUAGUAAUUGUUACAGUUUUAUAAAAAAAACAACACACAACAACAAUAGCAUAUGCAGAAAUUGACCUGAUUUCCAUUUGCAGCAGGAAGACACUGGCUUUACCUAAGUACAAUUGGACGAUUAUUUUUGCUCUGCUCUGUUUUGCAUGGAGUAUUAUUAUUUGAAAAAUUGCAUUUUUACCUUUCAUGUGCCUGAAGGCUAUCCACUACAUUCUGAAAGGCCUUGUUAACAUCCAAGCUGCUCAUUUCACCAUUCUGUUGCUGGGUGUAAAGAUAAAAGCUGCACAUUGUAACUUAUUACAGGUUAAAAUAAACCAAGGUAUCUGAUGGCAGGAAGGGAAGAGCAUGUAAGAAAUACGUGUGUGUUUUUUUAAGUGUUAUUUUGUAUAAAGGGGAAGAAAGAUUCGAUUAAGUUAUUAACAUUUGGGACCUGGAUAAUUAUAUCAGAGUAUAAGUCAAUUCAAUAAAUUAUUUAACUAAUUAAAAAAUAGUUACGAAGCAUUGGAGCUGCGGUUGAGGAAUUGGUGUAAAAGUGCUCUCUUAGGAACGAAGCACUUUCACUAGGAUGGACUCAUGUCUUACUAGAACGUCAGUUGAUCAGCUAGAUUUGUGUCCACACUACCGGUUUCACACCCCCUUUCCAUCUGUUUGAUACAGUAUUAUAGAUAUAAAUAUAUAUAUAUAUUUCUCUGUGGCCAUUUGUGAGACUUCCUCAUAUACUUGAAUAUUAUACUUCCUUAUUCACAGUAUCUGUGUCUCCUGCACCCUUUGGUGUUGCAAUUUUAGGUGUGUGAAAGUAGAUGUUAGCAGGGUUCUUUCCCUAUUUAAAAAAAAAUACAUUAAAAAAGACAAAAAGUUUUAGCAUGAAGUUGCUUCUGUAACAACUCAAAGCUGUAACCCUGUUAUCGUGCCAGGUACAAGUCUCUCCCGUGAUGCUAGAAAAAUUUAUUUUUCUUUGCUUUCACCAACAUGAAGUUUGUGGGGGCGGGUCCAGUUAUACAUAAAAGGGUUUACAGAUCGUUGGUUUAAGGUUAUGGAUGUAAAUUAUUUUAUUUUGAAUUACGGAAUACUUUGGGUUUUACUUCUGUAAUCAUUCAUGAAAGACUUAAGAUUUCUUCCUUUUUUUUUUUUUCCAUUUGCUAAAGUUGAAACUAACAGUGGGAUUUGGGACAUGUUAGCCCAUUCUUCCAAAUACUACCUGCUUUUUAAGUGAUCUAACAGAAGAGAUUUGGCUUCCUUCCCCAAAGUAAAGAUCCCUUGAUCGGAAAGGAAAAAUACAGUAUUUUGAGAUGCGAUAGCUACAAAGUACUUGAGAUACAGAUUUCAGAAUCAUUUUAUGAAGGACUCUGUACAGGAAUACUGUAUCACUCAGCAUUACUUAUCAGUAGAUAAUACUGUUUUGACUUAAUAUACAGUCUAGAGAUCACAAAUCAAUUAAUUCCUCUCACAGAUCAUUCAUCUUAGACUUAGGAGGAAACAGUCAAUGGCCUGAAUAAGGCAAUGAGUUGCCAGGCUGAGUGGAUGCAUUUUAGUACUUUUAUCUGUUCUUUUUCUUGCUCAGGGCUGGUAUGUUAGACUUGAACAGUUACAGGCAAAUUACCUGGUAGGUGUUUGAUUCUUUUGAGCCAAAUCAAUUCCUGAGUACAAAGGAAGAAAUGACAAGCAUGGGUGAGGCAAAAAGGAAGUAUAAUAGCAUCUAAGGGAGAAUCCAAGGGGUGCAGUAACAGAGAGACACGGGUCACAUUUUGUGACUCAUUGAAUAUUGGAACCAGAGCGAAUUCCACCAAAGAAACCCUAGGAGCAGAUGCGCACCAUUCAUUCUCAACAAAGAGGUUUUACAUAGGUAGACAUGUCCGAAACUGUGUAUAAAUCAGUGACUUCACUCAACAGUCAAAAAGAUAGAAACCCCUGAGUAGGACUAUGGAUGUAUCUAUUUUCUGCCUAAUAAUCGCUGUGAGGUUUGGUUUGACCAAUCUGGGCAUUUUAUCCAUCAGCUUCCCUUAAGGUGCACCAGAAAAUAAGAGAAGUAAGAAUAGUCAUGUGGAAACUUACGUUAUUUUCUUACAUGUUUGAUAGAGUUAGAUAGUGAUUGAAGUUCUGUAGGAAGAAGUUAAGAGCUGGUUAGAACUGUUUUAACAAAUGAAACGUAUUUUUUUUCAACUUGGUUUAAGUUUUUUAUAAAAGUUAAGAAUAAGUGAACUUGCUCUACAUAUUAAAAUUCAGUUUCUUAAUACAUGUCCAAAAUAAAGAUUAUAUAAAGCAUGAAGUUAUUAGAUUUGGCAUUAAAGGAAAUGUUUAUUUCAAACCACAGCAAAAUUACAAUGAAUAAAUGCUCUUCCUUGUAUGGAAAUGUGGUUCUCUGUAAAGUUAACAAAAGAAAACACACACACCCUGAUUAUUUAUACCAGUAAAAAAGAGAAACACACAGGAUAAAUGUCUUCUUAUGGGGAUAAGUGGUGGAGCCCAUCUUGCCUUCACUCUCAAGAUUAACGACACAAAUUAAGCUUUUUGAACACCACUCUUGUGGGGACAUCCAUACGCUGAUCUAGAAAUUAAAACUUCAUGGUUCUAGUUCUAGAUCUAUUCGUGCCAGUUUCUCUCUGGCUUUUGCCUUUGAGAACCUGUUUAAGGAUACAUAAGUAAUCCAGAGCUCUGAAGAGUUAAAAGGCCAACUUCUCCAGUGAACUCACCCUCUCUGGGUCUCCUGCAACCAAGAAUUGGAAACCUUACAAUGAUGCAGGAAAGAUCCGAGUUUAUGGUGAGUUUCAAAGGCCAUGUUCAUUUGGGAACCAACUCUCUCUGGAUUCUCCUGCUGAGUUCCAGCAGGGGGAUGGGCGGAAAUCCCACCCACAAGCAAGGCACCUGUGUAACACCAACCAGGUAGGGCUGAAGAAGGUUAGAGAGAGACCUUUGUUAAGUGGAAGAUUAUACUGAUGGUAGCUGGCUUCUCCAGACUCUUGUAUAGUAAUAGAGCAGGAAAUGGGAUCAUCAACCAAAAUAUAACAUGUCAGUUUUAUUAAAGAAAUAAUCUCUAUGUGCUUAAUUCUGACAUAGCUACAGUUAUACUUUUUCUCAUAUUUUUCAUUCCACAAAAAUGAGGUAGAUAAACUAUUCAUGAUCUAAGUAGCCAACAUAAAUAAAUAAAUAAAAUAAAGUAGAUUUGUGGCUUGGAAGGCAGAUUCUAGGCCUUCCUUCAAAAACUGGUGUGCUGAAAUCAGCAUUGAUGUUUGUUUUUCUAGGCCUAGGAUUUUUAGCCUCUGUGUGUAGGUUGAGGCCAAGUCCCUCUGCAGGAAUAAGCUUAUUUUUAAACCCAAAAAAUGUCAAUUAUGAAAAUCUACUUCAACUUUAGCAAAAAGAAAAAAAAAAUCAACAAAAAGUAUACUCUGUAUGCUGGGAUUCCAAGGUUCCAAGACUCUGCUACAAAUCUGCGGGGGGUUUCUUUCUUCUGAGAAUUCUAGAGCCUGUUACCAUAGAAAGGCAUUUCUUCAAUGGCUGGUUGUAGUUAGUUCAUGUUUUUCAAUCAAAAUUUGCAAAUGUAUUUGUUGCUGUAUAGUGAUUGUUUUGCAAAAUAAAAUUGCUUGUCAUCUGA